AAAGUGGACAGUGGCUCACGUGUCAAAGGAUGGCACGAUCACGAUCUAGAUCCCCCAGGUGGAAACACAGGUCUUUAUCACCAGUACCUAGAAACUCUGAAUACUACAAGCAAAGACAUUCUCAUGGGCAUUAUGGCUGUGAAUAUAGGAAGGAUCCAAAAAGACCCAUCACUUGGAGAAUGGACAGUGAGAAACAUGGACAGAGUAAACCAAGGAUUCCCUCUCGUGGAAAUAUAUAUUACCGAUCUUAUGAACAUAGAUCGCCUUCCCCUAACAUAAGAAGAAACUCUUUAGAAAGUUUUUAUAUGUAUAAGCCUCACCGAGGAUAUUCGCCUGGAAGAUGGGACAGUAACAGAAGAUCUCAGUAUAUGCACAAAUACUCAGAAGGUGUACCCUAUAAAGAGCAUGAGAGGAAUUGUUAUCCCCAGAAAGUGCAAGGAAGGUAUAUUCCUGAUGACCACAGAGUUAGAGGAAGUGGGAAAGGAGGGAAACCACCUCAGAGGUCAGUAGCAGAUUCUUUUAGAUUUGAAGGAAACUGGCAUGAAGAUGAGUUGAGGCACCAGAGGAUACAAGAAGAACAAUAUUCCCAGUCACCUAGAAGAGGCUCUGAAGACUUUGAGACAAGGAGCUCUUUUCAGAAGAGGUAUCCUGAGGAUCGUGAUUUCAGAAAAUAUGGACACACAUCAAAAAGGCCUAAAGACGUGGAGAGGUAUGAAAACAGAGAGCCUGCCAGGAACCCAAAGUGGAAGCCCGAGCAUUCCCUCCCAUCUUACCAAGAGAAGAAAGACCAGUGGAACCUUGGGCCCCAAACUUACCGAUACAUUGAGAGGGAACACCCAGAGACCAGUUCAGCAACCAAAGUAUCCUAUGAUUAUCGUCACAAACGUCCUAAACCCUUAGAUGGGGACCAGAACUUUUCUGAUUGGAGAACUCAGAAGUACUCUAAAGAAGAAGAUAGAAAAUAUAGUUCUCAAAAAGGCCCUGUAAAUAGAGAGUUAGAUUGUUUUAAUGCUGGAAGAGAGAGAGAGACUCAAGAUGGGCAAGUCAAAGAACCUUUUAAGCCAUCUAAGAAAGACUACAUUGCCUGUCCUCAUUCAAGUAGAAAUGAUGUUGAUUUGAGGCCCUGUAAUGACAAGUGGAAGGAAAAAAGAGAAGGGGAUUUCAGAAAAGAGAGCGACUCUUCCAGUAACCAACUUGAUAAAAGUCAAAAACUUUCUGAUGUGAAACCCUCAUCUGUCAAUCUUAGGAAGAAAUUACUUACAGUUAAAGUAGAUGUGAAGAAAGCAGUAGACACAUUCAGGGUUGCUUCUAGCUAUUCCACAGAGAGACAGAUGUCACAUGAUUUGGUUGCUGUUGGCAGGAAAAGUGAGAACUUUCAUCCAGUGUUUGAACAUCUUGACUCAACUCAGAAUACUGAAAACAAACCUACAGGAGAAUUUGCUCAGGAAAUCAUAACAAUAAUCCAUCAAGUUAAAGCAAACUAUUUUCCAUCACUUGGCAUUACUCUACAUGAGCGAUUCUCAACAAUGCGACAUAUACACGAUGCAGAUAUAAAUGAAAUAAAAUUGAAUUCAGAUCCAGAAAUUCACAGGAGAAUAGAUAUGUCUUUGGCCGAACUUCAGAGUAAACAAACUAUGAUAUAUGAAUCAGAACAGACUCUGGUCAAAAUAAUAGAUCCAAAUGACCUACGACAUGACAUUGAAAGAAGGAGAAAAGAACGGUUACAGAAUGAAGAUGAUCACAUUUUUCACAUAGCUAGUGCUGCAGAGAGGGGUGAUCAGCAUUCCAGUUUUCCAAAGGUGAAGAAUACUCAUGCUGAUAGAUUCCAAAAACCUACACAUUUUAUAAAAUCGAAUUUUAGAAAAUUUAUUCAGAAACCUUACAUGAAUUAUACUAUGCAGAGAAAAGACAUCAUCACUCACAAACCAUUUGGAGUUGAGGGAAACCAUCAAAACACAAGAGGCUUUAAAAGACCUUUUAAGAGCAACUUUAGAGGGAGCAGAUUCCAGCCCCAUAAUAAAUCAGGCCUGGUACGGAAGAGCAUGUACAUUCAGGCUAAGUAUCAGCGUUUACGGUUUGCUGGUCCAAGGGGAUUUAUCACUAAUACGUUCAGAGAACGAUUGCUGAGGAAAAAAAAGGAAUAUACAAAUGUUGCCACAGAAAUUUAAUCUGGAAAUCUUACAGAUGGCAAGGACACUACAGGAGGCUGUUGGGGAGCAUCUCACUUUAUCAGGAGUUAGAAGUGGCACUAAGGCACUAAUACUGUAACUUUCUUGAAAAAAUAACUAUUUUUUAGUAGUGGAAUGCUGCAACUUUUUACACUUAACAAUUGCUUUUAAAUUACAGUAUUCAGUUUAAAAGUUGUAUUAACUACAGUUGGUUUUUUUUUUUGCAAAAAAGUCUCAAAAGAAUCACUUGAAGGGCAUUAUUUGUUUAUGCAUUUUUUUUCUGAGCAUGGUUUCAUAGAGAGAACUUAACCAAGUUAUUCAGAUGUUUAUAUGUUGAAAGUUUUGCUUAUGUAAUAAAAACAAAAACAAAAGUAUCUCAAUUGUAUAGUGUCUGUACAUGAAAGAACUUUAAACAGUGGCCUUACGGUAGCAAAUUUUAUACCGGAUUUUUCUUUUUCUGAUGACAUUUUGGCUUAUAACUUGAAGUUUUCUUAAGUUUCUGAAGAUCAAGGCCUGUAUAAUUCAUACAUUUCAUAUUAUAAUAUAAGAAGGCAAGAGAAAAGGUGCUUCAAAUUUUCCAUCAGGUAGUUGUGAGUGCACUGAAUUUUUAGUAAUAUGUUCAUUCAGUUUUUUCCACAACUAUUUGCUCUUUUCCAGUUUCAAAAUGCUAUUGUGGAAAAUAUGUAAAGAUUUUGUAAUCUAUAGUCCAUCUUAUUUUUCCCUCAGGGCAAGCUUGUGCAUAUCAUAUUUUUAAAGGCUUUUUAAAAAAUCUGACAGAUAAAAUCUCAUAUUUGAAAAUUGUACUUUACUACUACAGCAUUACACAUUUUGCAAGCACAUCUUACAGAAUGUUUACUUUUAGUUCAGUUGAUACGUAUUGCAUACCUACUAUGUGUAAGAUAAAAACUGAUGGGAUUUUAAAUGAAAAUUUUAGGUCCUAAUACCUUGUUUCUUUGUUUUCUGUGUUCUGCUUAACAGUACAUAUACAUUCCCAGUUACAUUUUUGUGAAAUGUUUAUUUGUAAUAAAAUAUUGUUGCUCUUUCUGCUUAAA